GCCCUUAUCACGUCUCCCAGGGUUGAAUGUUAUUGUUAAAGUUGAUACCAGACUGGAUUCGAGGACACGCUGAUAAUGUAUCCGUGAGUCUGUGACACUGUGAUUCCGUAGCAGGUGAUGUUGUGACUUAAAGCUCCCUACAAGCCUCUCGGGCUGGUGUUUACAGAACAUUCGGUGCUAUUGUGAAGAGGCAUAGACAUAUUCUCUGAUUCUGUUCUGGAGGCGUCUCCCUGGAUUGUUGCAUUAGAUCGACUUUAUCUCUUAACCUGGAAUUCCCGUAACAAUAGCCUACUGGGUUUAUGUGUGUGGAUGAAGUGAAUGACCAUAGGGAGAGGCAUGAAUGACAGAGAAUUGGGUGAGUGAGCUCCCCAUACCUGGACUAGGCUGUAGUAUAGAGACACAGGUGUCUCUGUCACACUGGUGGAAAAUCAGGAAAAGCAAGAAAGGGGUGUUUCAACCCGGACCUGUGGGAGGAGUAAACUAGACGAGAAAUAUUGUAUGAUUCGUUUACUUCCUCGUUCCUCGUCCUAUAGUGGCAAAAGUCACGUCUCCAGCUGGUGAACAUUUUAAAGAUAUUGACGGCAACUAAGGGUGCAGUUGAAACGCUCGAACAUCUUGAGAAUGGCUCUAGCAGGCUCGGACUCCAUGGAAGAAGGAAAAGGCGAGACGUUUCUACUUAAAGCCAUCAAAAUAGGUGGUGUGGUCGUACUUUAUUGGUUCAUUUCAAUAACCAUGGUGUUCUUAAAUAACUACUUGCUAGACAGUAAAGAUUUGGACGCGCCGCUAUUUGUGACAUUUUACCAGUGCCUUGUGACUGUCGGACUGUGCUAUGGCAUGCACUUGCUAUCCCACUUAUGUCCGGGUGUCAUCGACUUCCCCUCCGUCAAGUUCGACCUAAAGGUAUGCCGGGAGGUUCUACCCCUGUCCAUCGUGUUCAUUGGAAUGAUAACCUUCAACAACUUGUGCCUGAAGAAUGUAGGGGUGGCCUUCUACACUGUCGGCAGGUCACUCAGCACAGUCUUCAACGUUCUACUCUCCUACGUGAUCCUCAAGCAGACCACGUCCUUCUACGCCAUCCUGUGUUGUGGAAUUAUUCUAGGUGGAUUCUGGUUGGGUGUGGACCAGGAAGGUGUGGCGGGCUCCCUGUCGUGGACGGGUGUGUUUUUCGGUGUGCUGGCCAGCGCCUGCGUCUCCCUCAACGCCAUCUUCACCAAGCGGGUCAUGCCGGCGGUAGACGGAAACAUCUGGAAGCUCUCCUUCUACAACAACAUCAACGCCUGCAUCCUCUUCCUCCCACUCAUCCUCGUCUUCGGUGAGGUCGGCCACCUCGUCCAUUUCAGCCGCCUGGGUGACCCUACGUUCUGGGGCAUGAUGACGCUGGGCGGCGUGUUCGGUUUCGCCAUCGGCUACGUGACGGGCCUCCAAAUCAAGUUCACGAGUCCGCUGACACACAACGUGUCGGGGACGGCCAAGGCCUGCGCUCAGACGGUCAUCGCUGUGGUCUAUAACCAGUCCAGUAAAAGUUUCCUGUGGUGGACUAGUAACCUGAUGGUCCUUGGUGGGUCUUCUGCCUACACCUGGGUCAAAGGCAUGGAGAUGAAGAAGGUCCAUAUUCCCCAGGAGGAGUCCAAAGAGAAACUGCUAGGGGAGAAGAGUGAUGCCGGGGUAUAGUGGGACUAGGAUGACCUUCCACCGCGGUGGUGGUGACCAGGGGGUUUUGUGGGAUGAGGAUGACCUUCCACUGUGGUGGUGGUGGUGACCCGGGGGUAUAGUGGGACUAGGAUGACCUUCCAUCAUCAUCAUGGUGGUGGUGGUGACCCGGGGGUAUAGUGGGACUAGGAUGACCUUCCAUCAUCAUCGUGGUGGUGGUGACCCGGGGGUAUAGCGGGAUGAGGAUGACCUUCUGCCGUGGUGGUGACCCGCUGGUGACAGAAGACAAUGUAAACACUAAGGCCUAACCAUGGAGUUGUUUCUACAGGGAUGUUCUGUUGGAACAGUUGGGCUGUGUGCUGUCAAUAUAAAUGAACGUUACUAUAGUAACACAAACAGAGGUGUAGGAAGGCUACGGGGUUGUUUUGUUACUCAGUGGGACCUUUUAUUGUUUUAUAAUUUCCUUAGAAGGUUAUUUUGUCCAAUUCUGUUAAUUAUUCAGUGUAUGGAGGGUCAUGAAUUAUAACCUAAAUCAUUCCUGUCUCUUCUUUCAGAACAUUAUUCAUAUGUCCGUAGGAUAGUAUCUAAAUCAAGUGACUUUCCUGUUAGCCUGUAUGUGUCAUCAGUAAUGUGACGCAAAACUGCAAUAUGACAGUUUUCUGGCAAGUGGGGCUCUUAUGUUGGGUAUACAGUUUGCAUAUGGAGGGUGGAGACCGACUGUAAGGUUACAAUCGCUCACCUUAGUUAAUAAGUAAUUAAGCCAGUGCUGGUUUUAUGGACAGCUUUACGUUAUAUCUUUGAAGCAGUGACACUGUAGGUGAUAAAAGUGAAAACCGUCAAAGAGAUGGUUGAUUCUCUCUGCACUACAAUUUUGAAUAAUUGACAACAAAGGAUGUAAUCUGAACUGUUUAUGCCCUGAGAUGGAGAUUUUCUAUGGCUGUUUAUUUAGUGUGUUUUGUCUUGAAAAGUAACGGAUUAUAGAAGGAAUGUUAAAGAUAAUGUCUGUGUCAUGAAACUUCAAUCAUUAAGGAAGACUGUUGGGUAACCGGCCAAGUGGCCUGCGGGAGCAUCAUCAUUAUGAUGUCAUAACUCCUUCCUGUCUCAGUGCUGGGUUGAGACCCUGCACUCUAAAACACCCUCCUAUCCUAAAGUCCUCUCUGCUUGUCCUCUUCUGUAGUGUCAUCAUUUCAGACCAAUCAGAAUAAGGAAAUGGGACACGAGAAAAGGAAUUUACAUAGAAAGACUCAAGGCUGGUGAUCUGAGAGAUCCUAAAAUGUGGGUCUCUCAGAUUUCAGGUUUUGCUUCUGCGUCCACUUGAUACAAAGUCAGUUUUUCUUCUAUAUAUUUGUUGCUCGGGGUUUGUAGUGCGUUGGAAGAUACCGUACAUGGGAUUUCAAAGCUGGUUAGCUGACAUAGACGGGUAUUCUCCAGAUUGCGUUUUUAAGAAAAGAUACAGAUUUAUUUUAGAAAAUAUGAAGUUAUUCAGUGAAUGUGACUUUUUUAUGUGUACUUCAGAAAAAUAAAUGGACAUUCUGUUAAUCAUAA